CAGCGAACUUUCUAGUUCAGAGUUAAUGUGUGAUCCGGCUCUUUAGUUCGCUACAAAGAAUCGUGCGCUGAAAGUUUGGGAACGACUCAUUUCGGCUCACGCAUUAGCUUACUUGCUGUAAAGUUGUGUUGUGACUGCAUGAUAGCUAGUUCGUUGCACAUAUUUAUAUUAAAGAUUUAAAGAGCUCCAUGAUGUUAAGCAUGGCUCUCUUAAUACUCUUUGGUUGUGGUGGAGUUUCCGCAGUUACACAGUCUUUAGAGUUGAACUACACUGCAUUUGUGCAAGGAAUAAAUCUAACAAAACUCACUGCUGCUGGUGUGGUGAAUGAAGUGCAGUUUAUUUACUUCAACGGCAACGUCUGUAAGAUGAUCCCAAAUUUAACUGCUGAAGACGAAGCUCACUGGACACAAUGUAUGCAGGGUGAAAGGGAGGACUUCAAAUUCUUGUUGUCUAUAAUAAAUGAAGAUGACAGCUUUAACAACACUAAAGGUGCUCACACUGUGCAGUGGACAUACAGCUGUGACCUGAAAGAUGACAACACCACUGGAGGAAACCUGCAGUAUGUUUUUGAUGGCAAAGCUUUUAUGUCUUUGAAUUUGACGUCUGCCACUUGGAUUACAUCUAACUUUAUCAAAACCAAGUGGGAUGGGAAUGGGAAAAAAGCUAAAUACUGGAAAGACUUUUUGGAGAGAGAGUGUAUCAACUGGUUAAAGAAGGUUAUGAAAUGCAGCAGAGAGAUUCUAGAAAGGAAUGUUCGUCCUGGGACUUUAGUAUUCCAGAAACACUCGUUUUCUCCAGAGUUGGUGUGUCACGCUACAGGUUUCUUCCCCAAAGCAGUGACAAUCUCCUGGAGGAAGGACGGAGAAGACGUACAUGAGAACGUGGAGCUCAGAGAGACGUUACCCAACCAGGAUGGAAGCUUCCAGAAGAGAAGCAUUCUGAAAGUCCCAGCUGAGGAGCUGCAGAAACACACCUACACCUGUGUGAUUCAGCACAGCAGCUGGGAGAAGGAGUUAGUGCUGAAUGUGAGCGAGCAACAGAUCCUGAAAGAUGAAGGAUCAAGUGGAGGAUCAGGAGGAGGGAAUAUCGGCAUCAUUGUUGCUGUAGUCAUCAUUCUCCUUGUUCUCGUUGCUUUUGUUUGCCUGUUCGCCUGGAAGAAGAUAAAAUGUUCUGGUGCAGAAAAACCCCAUGAAGUUCAACAGAAUGGAACUGAGUUACAUCCCUUAAAUGUGUGUUAAAGUCCAUAUUUUGAUAUUUAAUAUAUUUACAGUUUAAUUUAUGAAAGCAGUAUUGACUGUUCUCUCAGCUUACUGGAUUUAUAUUGAGUGGAGUCUUGGCUGUUUUCUGAAGAUCAGUUACAGUCGGUCGGCUCUCCGGUUCAUUCUACUCUCCAAUGCUUGCUCCCUGGACAAUAAACUGGACUACAUCCCACUCAAACACACUACACUGCAAGAGUUUAGAAACUGCUGCGUCUUUGUUUUCAUGGAGACGU